UCAUCAAGAAACAUUUUUUGUAACGUGAAAUUGAAGAAUUAGUCGAGUGUAUUCAUAAUUAAUGUUUUUCUUAAUUUUCUAAUUAAUUUCUGUGACUUUCAAAUUUAAAAUAUUUGCCGGUAUUCUGGUUUAAUCUAAAUUUACAAAAACUCUGUCCAAAUGAAGUAGUAAUAUGUAAUAAGAAAAUACCUCCGAAUCCAUUCGUAAUAUUUUCAAAAAUCUGGGUGAAAAACACCUUUUUUCGCAUUUCCAACUCCCUACAGAUUCGGUUGAGGAUGAAGCCAUCUCUUGUUUUCUUGUGAAUGAUGGCAAUUAUUGACAGUUCGCUUAGUUGAUAAGCUAAACCAGCGUCAAAUAAUUUACGUGAUACAUCGUUGAAACAAUUGGUUUCCCGUUUUCAUUUCGAAAAUCCGUGAUAAGAUGUUGAGUAACAGUCAACCUGUUAUUAAAAUACUGAAACGUCCGCCAAACCUAGUCACUCCAGAACAAGUCAACGGAUUGAAAAGUUGCAAUGUUAAACCGCAGCCAGUAAUCAAAUCAUUACAACAGCGCGAAAUGGAAUAUGCUGAGGCUAGACUUCGAAUAUUUGGCACGACAGAAGAAGAAGAAAGAUUACAAAAUAGUAAAAACCAGUCAGACGAUGCUCCUAAAAAAAUUAUCAAGCCUACUAGAAGAGAAAAUGUGAUUAGAUACCCAAAAGGACCUGACGGAACUAAAGGAUUUAAUUUAAACAGUAGAUGUAGACAAAAUUUAACAAACUCGAAUGAUCUUGAAGAGGACAAAGAUCAACUUGAUAUUGUUUCUAAUGGUUUUUCCAAUGAAAGUCAUUAAAUUUUCAUUUAUAUCUUAAAACUUUUUAAAAAAUUUUUAUAUUUCGGCUAUGUGUGAAACAUAUAUUUUAUCGACGUUCGAUGUACAUUAAUUUUCAUUUUUCAAAAUCAUUAUUGUUCGUCCAAAGUGGAAAUUAAUUUUAUUCAAAAUCAAAUGAUAUGACUAAGACAUUUUAAUUUUGAAAUGUUUUUUCAAUUGAAAUUUUAUAACUUUCAGUAAAAAAAUUAAUUACAAAAUUUUGUAUCAUUGAAUGAAAGUUUUUUUAAAAUUAUUUUUUAGUAACUUUUUUACUUAGGCGCAAACUUGGAUUUUUUCGUUUGGUCGCUGUUUAGAGAACUAAUCAAAGUUCUGAAAUAUUAAUUUGAAUUUGUUUUUCUGGAAUUGAUUUACUUCGAUUUAUCGAGGUUUUAUUGUGUUUCUGAAGGAACCAUUAUCAAAGCGAAUAUUCUAAUUUUGAACGAUGAGUACCUAUUCAUAGUAUGACAAAUAUUUAAUCAUUUUAUUAAUGUUGCCUCAAAGAAAAAGUUAUAAUAAAGCUACUUGAAUUUGUCGCCUAUGUAAAAUGAUUAAUGAGUUUUUGCUGAUGUGCAACUACGAGUUGGUCGUAUCGUUCCUGUUCUUAUUAGUCAUCAAUGAUAGGUAAUAUUUUGAAUUCCACUUUACCUAUUCCAAAUGUGAUUAUUUUUUUUCUAAUGAACUGUACAAAGCUGUUUGUUUAACCAUUUCCUUUUUCUAUGUAUAUUAUUUACCAUAAUUUAAGCGAAGUUACUUUGUAAAUGGGUUUGCUUAAGUUGGAAUUUAAUUUUGUUUGUAAUUAUAAAAACAUAAUUCAUUAUAAGAACAAGUUCAUUAAUUUUUUGUGUUUUACUUUUAAUUUCAGUAUAAUGGUUUUUUAUGUUGAUUUUAUUAUUAUAUAUUUUUUAAAAUUUACAUUGCUCCCCUUUGUAAAAUGAGAUCGGUAUAUUGUUACGCAUACUCUUUUUUAUAUUAUUGUUAUGUAUUUUUGUUGUAAUGUAUUGUGUAUUAUUUCAUGCGUACAUCAUGGUUUUAUGCUGUUUCUUAAGUAUAAAAACUUUCAGUUAAUUGAUCAAUUUAUACCUUAACUAUGUAAUAAAAUCAGUGUGCGAGAUAGAGGAGCAAUGAAUGAAGAUUAAAUUAUGUAAAUUUCAUGUGUUGUAGCUUUUACAGGGUAUUUAGUGUUUUGAAAACAUUUUAUUUAUAAAUGAAAACUUCUACCUUAUGGUUGACAGUUGUUGAUCUUCUGCGUUACCAUCACUGCAGGAUUUUUCAGAUGUAAUCAUGUAUAAUAUUAAAUUCUUUUUUUCCCCUUG